CAUUAAAUAAUAUAUAAAAUGAGUAAAAAAUUGAAAUUGACAGCUUUGAAAACGUCGACAUCUUUGAGAUCUAGUCAACGAAUGAAUAGUCGAACGUUACUCCAAAAUUCACCUUAUUUUAGUCAACAAAAUGAUCAUUCAUCUAAGAUAAAAAAUGUAAACAACGAUAAAUGUAAGGAAAUUGAAAAGAAAAUGAAUGAAGAAGGUCGUACAUCGAAAGAUAUUAAAGAAUCAGAAAAAGGACAGAAGAAAAGAGUUAGAAAGAAACAAAAUGUACCAAUUAAAAUAGAAUAUGAAGAAUCGAAUGAAGUUAAGCCACAGAUUAAAAGUGAUGAUACAGUUCCUAUCGUAGAAGUAAAUACAAAAGAGAAUAUAAUAGAGAAUAGAAUAAUGAAAAAUGAAGAAACAGAAGAUGAUGCAUCAUCUGCUUGGGAACCGUCCAAUUGGAAACGUAUUUUAGAAAAUAUACAAGAAAUGCGAAAACAUAAAACUGCACCCGUAGACGAAAUGGGUUGUCAUAAAUGUGCAGAUCCAGAUGCUAAUGAUUCAACUUAUAGAUAUCAAUGUUUAAUAGCAUUGAUGUUAAGUAGUCAAACUAAAGAUCAAAUAACUCAUGCAGCUAUGAAACGUUUAGUUACUUAUGGUUGUAUACCGAGUACUAUAAUGGCUACACCUAAUGAUGUUCUUAUCAAACUUAUACAACCGGUUGGAUUUGCCAAUAAAAAAGCUGAUUACCUGAAAAGAACUUCAUCUAUAUUAUUGGAUAAAUACAAUGGCGAUAUUCCAAAGACUAUAAAAGAGUUGUGCGAUUUACCUGGGGUAGGACCAAAGAUGGCACAUAUUUGUAUGCAAAUAGCAUGGGGCGAAGUAAGUGGUAUUGGGGUAGAUACACAUGUACAUCGUAUCUGUAAUAGACUAAAUUGGGUCAAAAAACCAACUAAAACACCAGAAGAAACUAGGAAACAAGUAGAAGAAUGGUUGCCUAAAGAAUUUUGGAAUGAAAUAAAUCAUCUUCUCGUUGGAUUUGGUCAAGAAAUUUGUUUACCUCGUUUUCCUAAAUGCAAAGAUUGUCUUAACAAAGAUAUCUGCCCUUUUGCUAAAGCAAAAUAAAGUCAAAAGAGAUCUAAGAGUAUAUUUGAAUAUAAAUGACAAUUUAAUAAAACUGCAUGAAAAAUA